UCGAACAUCAAAAGCAAUAGAAACUCAUCCAUUCAGUACUCACUCACCCAAAGCAAAACAAUAAGCUAAAAGAAGAAGAAGAAGAAAUAAAAAUGGAAGGCAAGUGGAGCAAAGUGUGGCUGAUCGCGGCCGUGGCGGCUCUGCUGGUGGUGGCGGCAUCAUCGCAGCGCGACGGCGACAACAAACCCGACGUCGGUUCAAGGCUGGGCAGCGACUUCGGAUCGGCUACCCUGGACGAUGUCAUCCCCGCCGACGUCCUCACCGGCGGGUUUUCCGGGUCCCCGAGCGGAGCUCCGGCCUCCGCCCCGACGGCCAGGGAUGACGGAACACCCUCGCCAUCACCUUCAUCUUAAAUCUUAAAAUAUAUUAAAGGGGUUCGAGAUUUUGACCCAUUUCAUGUCAGCCUCGAAUCAGUUUUAAACAUCCACAUAAGGAUGUUUUGAAAUAAGUCAUUUGUUUUUUUUUUUUGUUUCUUGUGAUAAUAAGAUAUCAUUAGUAAUAAACUAAUAAUUAGUUUUUAAUAAUGUAUAAUGUAUUUCAUAGCCACAUAAAAAAUUUUCACAAUUGUAUUUUUUAUAUUCUAAUAGCAAAAUUUUAUACUCAUCAACUGAUUAUCUAUGAUCUUAAACAUGUUAUCUAUGUCCAAUCGAUAGUAUACCGUUGCAAGAUGGUUGAUAAAUUAAAACAAUACAUUCAACUAGCUUUAUACGAUAUAAUAUCAAAAUGAAUGUAAUUUUUUAUAGAGAAUGACCAAUCUAAUCCUUUUGCAUCAACAUGGUAUAUCAUGGCAAAUUCUUACCAUGGUAUAAUCUCCAGCACCACCAUGACAUAUCACGAUAUAACGUGAUAAAAAAAAUACGUCAUU